GUCUUUGUUUUAAAAGGAAUGUAGUGAUUGCAACAGUGUUCGAAGAAAAUAGAGCACGGAUGAUUCACUGUACUUGUUGACAGCUGCAUGAUAAAGGCAUUCAUGCAUGUGUAAAGGUCACGACAGCGGUAGGCAUGGCCAGAAAUGCAUCAUGAAGGUCGCGUCUUUCAACGUACAAAGAUUUGGGAAUGCAAAACUCUCUGAAAUGUUUGUGCAGGAAACUUUGUUCAAGAUAGUGUCACGCUAUGACAUCAUCCUUAUUCUUGAGGUGGUGGAUUCUAGUGGAAUUGCAGUGGAAAGGUUUCUCAAAGCGCUGAAUGAGUUCUACAGUACAAUUAAUUACAAGAUGGUGAUCAGCACACGCCUGGGAAGAGGAAAAUACAAAGAACAGUAUAUGUUCCUUUACAGGGACAAAGUGGUGGAUGUGGUCGACUCUUACCAAUACAAAGACAAUCAGCCUGGAGAUGAAGAUGCUUUCUCCACAGAACCAUAUGCUGUGCGAUUCAGAUGUCGUAACACAGUGUUGGAAGAUUUGGUGCUGAUACCAGUCCAUAUAAAGCCAGAAGAUGCAGAAAAGGAACUUGACGAACUGUAUGACGUGUUUCGCAGUGUCAGAGAGAAAUGGAAGACUGAAAACAUCAUGAUUUUGGGGGAAUUCAACGCAGAUGGCAGAUAUCUGUCCGAGGCAGCCAAGAAAAGAACCAGAUUCUGGGGGAAUAACUUCCACUGGUUGAUCGAAGAUGGUGUGGACACCACAGCCAGCAACUACAAUGAAUAUACUUACGAUCAGAUUGUGGUGUAUGGAGAUGUAAUGCUGAAUGCUGUUGUUCCAAAUUCUGCAAAAUCAUUCAACUUCCAGAAGGAGUACGAACUGACAGAUGAGGAGGCGCGGAGAGUGAGUGACCACUAUCCAGUACAAGUGAAGCUGAAGUAAACAUGUAAGCAGCUUAAACAAAUGUUGAACAAAGAUGAGAUGGAACAUUUGUGGACAAGAAAAGUGUGCCUCCGGAGAUCAGAUGGAGAAGCUUGUAGAAACACUUCUGUGAUUGUUUACAUGAGACUCAAGUUUACUUGAAAUGUUUGGAUAUUGUGCAUGUCAAAUGAAUAUUUCACAGAGACAUUAAACAUCUGAAAUUGAAAUUUA